UUAUCUGACCUCACCCCUGAGUCUGACCAGACCCAAGAGUCAGACACCACACACCAGUGAAGUUUCAUGGCUCUCUUUAUUUAUAGAAAAUGUAGUUUCAUGGCCUUGCUGCUAUAAUUAAGCAUCACUACCCACAAACAUAAAGUAGUAGUCGUCACUACCCACACUAAAGUUCUGUCUUUCUCUCUCCCUCUCUCUCUCUCUCUCUCUCUCUCUCUCUCUCUCUCUCUCUAGGCAGGAGACUUUGUAUGAGCAGCAAUAAGAAGCAGGGAAAUUGCUGGUUUUACUAAACUACGGACAUGUGGAGCUUCUUGGUCUGAACUCUUAAGUAUCUGAGGUUCAUUCUUGCUCUCCUUCUGCGAGUUCGAUCUGUAUGUGGAUGAUGUUUUAGCGUGUUUGCUCUGGAUGUCACGGAAAUUUCUUUUCCCUUUUGUGGUUUUUCACGGAUGCGGUUUGCGAUGAUUCAUAUGUUUUGGCCUUCUUGAAUUCAAGGAGUUUUUCCUUCUGCAUUUUCCAGCAUGUCUACCGUUUAAGCUUCUUUUCCUCCCGUCAACCAUCAUGGAAAGGCAGCUUCAGAAGCACUGCAACUUUGUCUUCUGGUGCAGUGAGGAGCAAGCAAACAGAGAAUGAGAAAGCAGAAAGUGUUCUUUUAAGUGAGAAAGAUGAUGAAGAACAGUGCUGGAAUAAAGCGUGAAGCUGAAAAUUCCUCUGAAGAAGGGUCAGUCGUUAGCAGCCAAGUUGCCUCCAACAUAUCCAUCCAUGAAACUUUCCAAGAUAUAUCGAAGGAUGCAACUAGCACCUCAACUCCUCCCCUCUUCAGUUCUCAAAUAAAACCUGAGCUCUUCUCUCUAGAGCUGUCACUCAACUGCCACAGUGGUAUGAAAAAUGCCAUCGGUUCCAUGGAGAAAAACCUGGACACAACAAUUCCCGCAGGUAUUUCAAUGUCAAGCACAAGUGAAAGCAGCAGCGGCAUCAACCUUUCUGGACCUGGACCUAUUUCCCAGUCAGCCGAGCCCAGAACAUUUUCUUGCAACUAUUGCGACCGCAAGUUCUUCAGCUCGCAGGCAUUGGGUGGUCACCAGAAUGCCCACAAGCGGGAGAGGACAUUGGCCAAACGAGCUCACAGGAUGGGCAUGUUCUCAGACAGAUAUGCAAGCUUAGCAUCAUUGCCUCUGCAUGGAUCCGCAUACCGGUCUCUUGGCAUCAAGGCUCACUCCUUGAUGCACAACUCUGUUUUCAACAAGGCUGGUGGUGCUAGGGAAGGUGCGAGAUUUGGGCAUGGACAUAUGGGAUUGCCGGUGUUCAUGGAUGAUGGAGUUGAGCUGAUCUGGCCUGGAAGUUUUCGACAGAGAGUAAACAUGGGUAUUCAGACUCAGGGACUUGCCGGAAAUCCAGAAUUGAAUAAUGUGCAACUGCUUAAGGAUGAUUUUUCGGAGCCAGAUCUUACACUUCGUCUGUGAUCUAUGGUGUAAUGAGAUAUAACUUUUCUUUUUACGUGUCUCGCUCUUCACAACUGAAUAUUUGCUGUUCACAGAAGGGGUGGCAGUUUGUUGGUUACGUUCUUUGUUUUUGAAGUUGGUCAUCGAGGAUCUCCCCCCCACUCUCUCUAUGACAAAAAAAUAUCUCUUCAGCCUUCAUGUCGGAAGGGGACUCUGUAUUUUUCUACUGUUUGAACGAGAGAUGAUAAUAUAUCGGAAAAAGAGAUGUUUGUGCA